AUGAAGAUGGCAUUGCUGAAGCGUAACGCCAUGGCUGCUCCUUUCGAGGCCGCGUACGAGGAGCACUACAAGUUGAAGGAGGAGGCAUCCAAAUACACUUCCGAGGAGGCUCCCCAGGGUGUGCGCGAGGGCGGCGAAGUCAUGGCAAUUCACUAUCGCGAGGAGGAGGCCAUUUACGUCAAGGCCAGUCACGACCGUGUUACCGUUAUCUUUAGCACCAUCUUCCGCGAGGAGACCGACCGCGUUUUUGGCAAGAUCUUUAUCCAAGAAUUUGUUGAUGCCCGUCGGCGGGCUAUUCAGAACGCCCCCCAAGUGCUCUUCAGGAAUGAUCCUCCACUGGAGCUGCAGGGAGUUCCGGGAGUUAGAGACACUGGAACGGGCGAGAUCGGAUACGUUACCUUUGUUCUCUUCCCGCGCCAUCUUACUCCCCAGAGAAUGCCCGACGUCAUCUCUCACAUCCAAACCUUCCGAGACUACUUCCACUACCACAUCAAGGCAUCCAAGGCAUACAUCCACUCGCGUAUGCGCAAGCGCACAGCAGAUUUCCUUCAAGUUCUUCGCCGCGCGCGUCCAGACAGCGAGGAGAAGGAGCGCAAGACGGCAAGUGGCCGGACUUUCAAGGUCCAGGGAGCGUAA